AGGUCAGGAAGCCAGAUGAGCCCGCAGAGAAGCGCUUGCUCACCGCGACCAGCCCAAGCCAAAAGUCGCUGAGAGGACGAGGAAGUUCGGUAUGCAGAAGCAAUGCUGACUGACCUGCACGCAGCCAUGGUACCGAAGCGCGAGCCGGCGAAGUCGGAGGAGCGCAAGCGCACGCAGGCGGCGUGUGAGUGCCAAAGCCAAUGCAACAACUGCAAGAUCUUCCUGAGUUUAUUCAUUCUCUCGCUCUCUCUGCACCUCGUCACGCUCUUCUGCUACCUGGACCUGCGCUCGGAGCUCAAACGAGAAAUUUCCCAGAAGAACAAAGAUGAGGUGUCAUCAACGGGGCCGGUGCCGCACUAUGAAGCCACAGCGCCAGUGCUCCGGUUACCGGACACCGACCACCCAACAAUAGACGACCAGAGCAGAUGGAGGGAUGAACACACAAGAGGGCUGGAGAGAGUCAUUCAUCGUACCAAACGUUCAGAAACUAAUGGAAAAAAGAAAGGAGAGCGGAAAAAAGGCAAGAAAGGACCCCCUGGCGCUCCUGGACCCCCAGGCCCACCUGGUCCACAAGGUCCACCUGGAAUACCAGGGAUCCCGGGAAUCCCAGGCAGUAACGCGAUGGGUCCCUCUGGCCCACCCGGACCUCCUGGACCCGCAGGGCCACCUGGACCACAGGGACCUUCAGGUGGCACAGAUAAAGGCAAACACAGAGAGACACAGCCAGCUGUGGUGCAUCUUCAAGGUCAGGAAACUACUAUCCAGGUGAAAGAAGAUUUGUCAGAAGGUGUGUUGAAAAAUUGGAGAAUGAUCUCAAUCCAUCAGAGAGUGUUUAAAAUGCACUCACGCUCUGGAGAGCUGGAAGUCCUACUUGACGGAACAUAUUUUAUAUAUAGUCAGGUAGAAGUAUAUUACCUAAACUUCACGGACAUAGCGAGUUAUGAGCUGAUGGUUGAUAAGACUCCGUUCUUACGCUGCACGCGAAGCAUCGAGACCGGCCAGCGCAAGUUCAACACCUGCUACACCGCGGGGGUGUGUUUGUUGCGAGCCCGCCAGAGGAUCUCCAUCCGCAUGGUGUACGAGGACACCUCCAUCUCCAUGAGCAACCACACCACCUUCCUCGGCAGCAUCCGUCUAGGGGACGCCCCUACCGCCGGACACACCUGAGCCCAUCGGCGUACGGGUCGACCCGAUCAGACACGCAUCACGCUGAUGAGCUCACAGACCACACCCACUGAACUCAACUGAGCCAGUAUGUCUCAUUAGCACCGCCCCCAAGGACACAGAGCCAACCAUUUAUGAACGACCGGGCUCAUCUACAUAUCUGCCGAGCAUCAGGCAAAUGUGACUAUGUAGCAUCACCAACACUGACAAAAAGAUCCAAUUCUCUCUGAGCACUGAAACAGCCUCCAUCAUUCCCCAAACACUAGCAACACAAUUUUCGCCACAAAUUAUUAAAUCAACAGACUGGCUUCCUGGUGAAUAACCAAGAUGCAUUGUAUCAGCCAUUCUAGCAGCUUCCACCUAGCGACUGGAUGAGCUGAGUGCCCUUACAGCUGCUGCGUGUAUGUGUUAUCCAGCACGCGUAGCACAUGAUUGCAGUGACUGGAACUGUGAACGGAGUGAGAUACUCUAUUCAUUUAAUGCACCGGUAGCAUAACAGACACACACUUUAAUAGAUUCAAAAACACAUAAAUAGUGAACCUGUGUACUUUUCUAUUAAGCACUGAUUAUGGCAAUGUAUAAAACAGAAUAUCUAUGUUCAGUUAUCAUUAAAUCUUUACAAAUGCAGUCAACAUACCCAUUUUUGAUAUGAAGUCAUGCAAUUCUGAAAUGUACAGUUUUAUGGUUCUUUGCUCUCUACCUGUAAUUACCUGUGGGAAAAACUGAGUGAUGGCAGUAGUUCAGGCACUGAAAUCGAUGAUAAUCCAUAAUGGCUUUCUAGUGUCCUAGUCUUCCAACAUCAUCCUGAAUAUGCAAUACAAUACCAUAUGCCUCCUGUAGGGGACAGUAGUGCUUCUCUAUAGCAAAUGAAGCACUGAGUCUGGCUGUGUUUGGAAUAGAAUACUGUUGUACUGCGAUUACUUUUGCUACAGUACAUAGAAUGCAUGCUGUACUCUAAUAUAUAUAUAU